AUGGAGAAUAAGAAAACAUAAUUAAUUAUGUUAUCCGAAUGUUUAAGUCAAUAAGAUUAUUAAUAAAUGAAAGUCAAUGUAUCAGUGAUAAAAGAAUGGUAUCAAUAUUUAAACAAUUAAGAGGAGAUUAUGAAGUAGAAUUAAAUUGGUAAAUUUUAUAUAAGUAAUAUUUAUAGGAACUUAAUUAGUUAGAAUAAAAAAAAUGAUUAAGGCAUUGGAUUUAAUUUAAGGAUAAUAAUAAAUUUUAGAUAUUAAACAAGAUAAUGAAAAUGCACUUUCCUAAGGUAUUCUAAUGGUUUAUAAUAAAUUAGGAAUAUAAUUACUAAAUUAAUAGAAAUGGCAGGAGGCUAAUGAAAAAAUUACUUAAUCUAUAAAAAUAUCAGAAAAAUAAUUAUCGUUGGCAACAUUGUUUAAAAGUAAUUUGAUUCUAUUUUUUUAGGCAUUUGUUUAAUUGAAAUGAACUAACCAGGAUUAGGAAUAAUUAUGAGGGAUUAAGCGAAAAAGAUGAAUAAUAACUUGUAUAGAGAUCUAUUAGAUUAUUCAGAUCAAGAAUUAAGGAAAAAUCCAUAAAAUAAGUUUAUUUUAAUUGCAAAAAGUAAUUGAAAUAUUUAAUUUACUUAGGUUAUGCAUUAAAUGAAGAAAAGUAAUUUCAAUAGGCUAUUGAGUUGUGUGAAAUAGUAUUAAGAGAGGAUCCUUAACAUCUUCACGCUUUGUAUAGAAAAUGUAAUCAUUUAUAUCACAAAAUAGGUUUUUCUUUAAUUGCUUCAGUCUAAUCUUCGCAAGCGAUUUCAUGUAUUGAUUUAGCUCUCAAUUAUAAUCCUAAGUAUAGUAUGGGUUAUUUUAUGCGAGGUAUUAUUAUUUGUUGACAAUUUUAGGUUAUACCUUAGAUAGUCUUAACAAAUAUAACGAUGCAAUUGUUUGCUAUAAUAAAGCAAUCGAACUAGAUCCAAAUAAUGCAGCUGCCUAUAAUAAUAAAGGUUUGAAAUAUCUUGAUUGUAAUAGGUGAUGCCUUAAAUAGUCUUAACAAAUAUAAUGAUGCAAUUGUUUGCUUUGAUAAAGCAAUCGAACUAGAUCGAAAUUAUGCAUAUGCCUAUAAUAAUAAAGGUUUGAAAUAUCUUGAUUGUAUUAGGUGAUGCCUUAAAUAGUCUUAACAAAUAUAACGAUGCAAUUGUUUGCUUUGAUAAAGCAAUUGAAUUAGAUCCUAAAUAUGUAGCUGCCUAUAUUAAUAAAGGUUUGAAAUAUCUUGAUUAUAUAAGGUGUUGCAUUAAAGAGUCUUAACAAAUAUAACGAUGCAAUUGUUUGCUUUGAUAAAGCAAUUGAAUUAGAUCCUAAAUAUGUAGCUGCCUAUAUUAAUAAAGGUUUGAAAUAUCUUGAUUAUAUAAGGUGUUGCAUUAAAGAGUCUUAACAAAUAUAACGAUGCAAUUGUUUGCUUUGAUAAAGCAAUUGAAUUAGAUCCUAAAUAUGUAGCUGCCUAUAUUAAUAAAGGUUUGAAAUAUCUUGAUUAUAUAAGGUGUUGCAUUAAAGAGUCUUAACAAAUAUAACGAUGCAAUUGUUUGCUUUGAUAAAGCAAUUGAAUUAGAUCCUAAAUAUGUAGCUGCCUAUAUUAAUAAAGGUUUGAAAUAUCUUGAUUAUAUAAGGUGUUGCAUUAAAGAGUCUUAACAAAUAUAACGAUGCAAUUGUUUGCUUUGAUAAAGCAAUUGAAUUAGAUCCUAAAUAUGUAGCUGCCUAUAUUAAUAAAGGUUUGAAAUAUCUUGAUUAUAUAAGGUGUUGCAUUAAAGAGUCUUAACAAAUAUAACGAUGCAAUUGUUUGCUUUGAUAAAGCAAUUGAAUUAGAUCCUAAAUAUGUAGCUGCCUAUAUUAAUAAAGGUUUGAAAUAUCUUGAUUAUAUAAGGUGUUGCAUUAAAGAGUCUUAACAAAUAUAACGAUGCAAUUGUUUGCUUUGAUAAAGCAAUUGAAUUAGAUCCUAAAUAUGUAGCUGCCUAUAUUAAUAAAGGUUUGAAAUAUCUUGAUUAUAUAAGGUGUUGCAUUAAAGAGUCUUAACAAAUAUAACGAUGCAAUUGUUUGCUUUGAUAAAGCAAUUGAAUUAGAUCCUAAAUAUGUAGCUGCCUAUAUUAAUAAAGGUUUGAAAUAUCUUGAUUAUAUAAGGUGUUGCAUUAAAGAGUCUUAACAAAUAUAACGAUGCAAUUGUUUGCUAUGAUAAAGCAAUCGAAUUAGAUCCAAAAUAUGCAAAUGCUUAUUAUAAUAAAGGUUUGAAAUAUCUUGAUUAUAUAAGGUGUUGCAUUAAAACAAAUCAAGAAUUACUAAUCCGCUCUAAAGAAUUAUGAGCAGGCAAUUUUAUAUUGCCAAUCAAAUUAGGAGGAGUUUAAACAUUUAAUUAUGGAAAUAAAAAAGAUAAAAUGA